CUUUAUUUCCCCAUUAACCGUUUCAACAAAUGAUCUGGCUUGUGCACUGAAAUAGCAUGGGGUAAAUAGCCUUAUCCUUGGAACACACUCGGGCGUGAGCAGCCUCUCAGAAAGGCUAUGAGCCAAAGCAAAGCACAGAGCUCCCUCUGAUGAGGCAGAGAAAGCUUAGGCUCUUCUCACAGGAAGAGGAUGCCUCUGCUCUGCAGGCUCAUGCACCCAGCAAAAGUUAAAGGGAUAUGGGAGAUGGUACAUCUGACCUUAAAAAAUGCAACAUCCAGUUCCACUGACUCUGGCUUGCACUGUAUUGGGAUUUUGACAGGUAACUGUGCUCUUGGGCUGGGUCAGAACUAUCGGGGAACAAUUAGCCACACCAAGUCUGGGAUUGAAUGUCAAGUGUGGAAAAGCAAAUAUCCACAUAUUCCUAAAUUCAAUGCCACCAUUUAUCCCAACCUCAUUGAGAACUACUGCAGGAACCCAGACAACAACUCAGAAGGCCCAUGGUGCUAUACUAGAGACCCAACGGUGGAACGGGAGGCGUGUCCCAUCCCUGUGUGUGGCGAAGAUAGAACAACAGUUCCAUUUACACCACGAGCUGUAGAACCUGCACUAAUGGAGCCUUGUGAACCAGAGAAAGGCAUGCUUUACACAGGGACUCUCUCAGUCACUGUGUCUGGAGCUAAGUGUCUGCCAUGGAACUCUGAGAAAGCUAAAGAGGCACUCCAUGGAAAACAGAUGGACCCAGAAGUGGAGCUGCUGGAGAAUUACUGUCGGAAUCCAGACAGAGAUGACGAGGGUGUCUGGUGUGUCACAGAUGAACCACCCUACUUUGACUACUGUGAUCUGCACUACUGUGACAGCUUGCUAGAGGAUGAGAACGAAGAGUCUGAGGGAAUAUCAGGACGUUCUACUACUCCUAAAGAGUUCAAAGCCUUCUUUGAUGAAAAAACUUUUGGUUCAGGUGAAGCAGAUUGUGGCACUCGUCCUUUAUUUGAAAAGAAAAAGAUAACAGACAAAAGUGAGAGGGAGCUGCUGGAUUCCUACACAGGAAGAAUUGUCGGUGGGGAUGAAGCAGAAGUUGGCAGUGCCCCUUGGCAGGUGAUGCUUUACAAAAAGUCUCCUCAGGAGCUGCUGUGUGGUGCCAGCCUUAUCAGUGACAGCUGGAUCCUGACUGCUGCUCAUUGUCUUUUUUAUCCACCCUGGGACAAGAACUUAAGUACAAGUGACAUACUGGUGCGGAUUGGCAAGCACGUAAGAGCAAAAUAUGAAAAGAAUAAAGAGAAGAUUGCUCUCUUGGAUAAAAUCAUCAUCCAUCCCAAGUACAACUGGAAAGAGAACAUGGACCGAGACAUUGCACUCAUGCACUUAAAGAGACCCAUCAGCUUCAGUGACUACAUCCAUCCUGUCUGCCUGCCUACCAAAGAGGUCGUGCAGAGGCUGAUGCUGGCAGGUUACAAAGGGAGAGUAACUGGUUGGGGAAACUUGAAAGAAACAUGGGGCACUAGCCCCUCCAUCCUGCCUGCAGUUCUGCAACAGAUCAAUGUGCCCAUUGUAGAUCAAAGUACCUGCAAGGCAUCUACCAGAGUUAAAGUCACUGACAAUAUGUUCUGUGCAGGUUACAGUCCUGAUGUGUCAAAGAGAGGAGAUGCCUGUGAAGGGGACAGUGGGGGACCUUUCGUAAUGAAGAACCCAGAUGACAACCGUUGGUAUCAAGUGGGAAUAGUUUCAUGGGGAGAAGGCUGUGACCGAGAUGGCAAAUAUGGAUUUUACACCCACGUAUUCCGCCUGAAAAAGUGGAUACGAAAAGUCGUCGAAAAUCACAGGCGAUAAAUGAAGUAUUUACCUUGCUUGCUCUCAUUUUUGCUACAAUGCUCCACUUUAAAACAUGAGCACAGAAGACCCUGAAGUGGAACAAGUUAUAUCCUUACAACUUGACAAAGUCUUAACCCUUGAAAAUAAAAGCUCUGAAACCCAUUUUCCUUUUAUUCAUGCUGAGUUUAGUUGCCAUUGGAUCUAAGUAAGUCAUGACAGGAGUACCACAGCACUAGCUAUACUGCUAAUUAUCUGUUGUGCUUCGAACAAAUUCCCCUCCCUUCCAUUAGCUAUAAUCAACACAUUUUGGACCUCAUAUAAUGGCCUUGUCAGUCACAGGAAGCAAGAUUAUGCCCUUAUGCACCAUCCUUUUCCUCCCUUCAAGACAAGUAAUUUUCUGUUCUAGUUUUUGACCCACAUAUGUACCAGAGAUAACCACCCUACAGCACCUGUGGCAUUACACAAAACACCAAUGUCAAAGGUAAAGCAAUUAGAAGCUGUUUUGAUCAAACAUUGUUCUCAGCUACAACAGCUGUGUGCAAUUCAUUCUACAAAGGAAUAGCAGCUUGAAUACAUUAAGGAGUACUUCCAGUAAGUUCCUACACAGCAGAUGGUGCCGAGUCCUCAUUGUGCAUUUUCCACUUGCAUAGCAAGGUUCUGAAGGAAGCAAUUCAUGCAGUCAUUGUCAAAGUCUGCAAAGGAAGCAUCCUGCACUAUACCUGUUUGCUUGUGUUAUAAAUGCUGUUUAGGGAUGCCUCCAAAAACAAGCUUCAGUCAUUCACAAAUUCCUCUUUGGCAGGAAUUUGUGGACCACUGAGGACCCAAAAGCACAGCGGUAAACACAAAUUCUUGACCACCCAAUUUUGUUCAGCCCAAUUUCCCACUAAGACAAUCAUGAGAUUUGAAAAUUUUCCUUGCUCCCUAUGGCACCACACUUCUAAACUUCUCACUCAUAGUGCCAUAAAGUCACAGAAACAGGCAACAGUGAAAUUAGUUACUCUAAAGAAAAGUUAUUGAUCAAUUAGUAUCUGGCCACCUCCUUUUAGAUGGCUCAUUUGGGAACCAAGAUGAAGUAGCGCAAUUUGAUUACCCAAAUAAAGCAUAAAAACCAACCUCUCAAAGAAGUCCAAAGAGCAAAACCUCAACAGCUCAGGUUUCAUGACUGUUUAAAGUCACUGAUAACCACAGACACUAAACACUGAAAGUGUUUAGCCCUUCUAAUACUUAAAUUUUAAGCCUCAUCUCUUCACCACUACCAAAUAAUCUGUGACAAAGGAGGGGAACCAGGACCAUACAGUUUCUGGAGAAAGCCACUGUUCAUAUUGACUUGUUACAAACAAUACAGAAGAAUCAUUUUUAAAAUUCAGUUUAAUGUUAUUUAAAUAUUGUCUGGGCUAAAGAUUAGGCUUUAUUAAUUUAUGUGCACAAGUUUUAGUUCAGAACUCCCAGGAUAUUGAGUCCAACCAAACACUACAAAGACACAGGGCAAAAACUCAUUCAUAAAAACAACUCUAUCUUCUGCUACUCAAUUAUUCCUGUAUUUCACUUCUGAUUCAGCCUCAAAUUUAAAAUAGUUUAUGCAGGUUUGCAGGCAUUGCUGUUUUAACAUCCUGAGAUAAUUAACAAAUAGUUCUUCAGAACGUCUACUGAAUAUGGUAAAGGAACAUAUGGAUUAAUGUCACUAAGUUUCAGAGAGCAGCUAGUAAUUGAGAGGUAGUGGCAGUAACUCUAAUGUCAGCCAACACAAACUAUUCACAAACUGCCCCAGUUUAAGUGCACAAAACCACAGCACUUACCAAAAAGGGCCAAACCUCCACUUGUAACAGAGCUUUGUCCCACAAGUGCAUGCCCAUUUCAAGUUAUGAGAGGAGACUGUGACUACUAAAUCGAGGCAGUGGAACAAUGAAUGGCAUCAUAUCAGUUAACACAGGAUGGAGAAUGCUCGCAAUCGCCUGCUGUCACAGUGUGCAAACUCACCAUAAGCACCAAGCAGCAUUAUGUCAACUGCAACCCCAGCCUAGGGGUCCUGUGAAAAGAAGAUUUCAGACAUCUGCAGAAGCUCUGGCAUAGAUCUGUUGUACAAGUACUAAUUUAAAGCCAUGUUUUUACUGUAAUCAGGCAAGACAGUUUCAGUAGUGGCUCUUAUGCAGAGAAUGCUGGUCCACACCUAGCAAACAACAAAAGCAGCAGUUACAUAGAACAGAUUAAAGUCUAGCAUAGAAAUGUGUUAUUUUAAGCCUGUCUGUCCAACUCUUCAAUAACUCAGUUCUAGCUAUGGAACAGAUGUGCAAUUUAUGCUUCAAAACCAGUUUUCACAUGGAAGUGCAGUAGCAAGGUGAAAAUACAUCACCUCCAUAGAAAUGAAAGGGCUAGAAAGAAUACACAGCCUUAAUUUUCAUUAUUUGGAGCUUCUGAAAAAGGCUAAUCACUCAUUAAAAAAAAAAAAGGCAGCUACAACUUUUGCAGACUAGUUCUAUUGCAUGUCUUAGUUACAAUAUGGUAACAUCUAUGUUUAAGAGCAAAAAGAAUGUAGUGAGUGAGGUUCACCUGCAUAAGGAACACUGCUUAACCAGAUGAGGAUAAAUGAGUCCACUGACCGUCCACCACUGCUACUCUAUUCCAUAUCAACAGAAGCAGGCUCCCUCAAAGAAAGCUUCCUCAGAUGGGACCACACUAUCUGGGUAAAGGCAUCACAAGGACUAGGUAAUUCAGAAUAAGCAUUUCAGCAAACUAAAUAUUUUCAAGUUACAGAAACUUAUUCCAAAACAAAAAAAGCAACUAUAUGAAAAAUGUACUACUGCUUAUAGAAGUAAGAGUGCAAAGUCUCAGGACUGCACCCACAGACAGCAUAUUUCCACUUAUCUUCCCUACAGUGUAUCCAAACCCCCAGGUUCCUGGCAGCUUAGUUCAAUUUCUAGAUGCCCAGUCCCUAACAUUCAGGAAUAGAGUGACCUCUAACCAGCAGUCACUGCUGUUCCUAUAGAGGCUGGUAUAGUUAAUGCAAACUUUAUUUACAAAAGACACUUAAAUUAGUUACUUCAUGCCAUGUGUCCAUACAGAAUCAACAGUUCAAGGAUUACAUGGAGAAGAAUUCACAAAAUUAAAAGUGAAAUCACUAAAGGUCUUCUAAGAGUUAAGAACUAGGAAAAGAUUUUAAAGACAACUUUACAAAUAAAAACCCCAAGUCAUGAGAAACUAGUCUGAGCAAGAAGAUGGUUGUUUACAGGUCUGUACACUAAAACUAAUACACAGACAGCUUUCUAUUGUCAGAGAUGCUCAUUGAGAAGCAGAUUAUGUACAAAUACUUGUGCCACAAUAACUCAACCCCCCCAAAAUCCACUGUAUUAUACAUAAACCAGUUUGUAUACAUUAGGCCUAAACGAGGCCAUUUAACUAUGAAGACUUCUAGUUUAGUAAAC